AUGAGAAGCACCCAAGCUGUUGUAACAUCCAAUCUUUAUGUGGCUCUCCCUUCCAAAGUGACAAAGAGUUCCGUGGGAAAUGGUUGUUUUGAUGUUACUCUGAGUGAUGGAACAUCUGGUACUUAUGUGAAGAAGGACACCCCUGACGGGAUUACUGCCUCACCUCCACAACCCACUGAGUGUUCACACAGUGGAAGCACAGACAAACUUGCCCCUAAUAGCUCUGUUACUGAGAUCCAAGACACAGGUGUAGAGAUGCCUAAAGCUGAUGGUCCGAGUGAGGGAGCAGAAAUGGCAGGGCAUCCAGGCAUGAUGCGGGCAGGUGGACGGCACCAGCUCGUGGAUAUUCACGGAUUAGCAGUGUUCCUUCGGCAGUCUACCCGUUGCUUGUCUUGCCGUGCUGCCUGCUGUCUCUAUGUUACUGGUACUAUCUCCGCCCAACUGGCUGCUGUCACACAGGUAAAGAUCACCUGCCAGAAGUGUCAUUACACUGCCUCUCAGACGCUCUCCCGGCCCUCAACUGCUCCGGACGAUCAAGCCUCGCCACCCCUUCCUGCACCUCUACAGCUCACUCCACCUUCAGAUAGCCAUAGUCCUCUCCAGCUUACUGCAACUACUGACUUGCGCCCACCACUUCCGUAUUCAACAUCUUCACACCAAAACCCACUCAAUCUACCCAAAGAGGAACAAACUUCUCCAGUUCUGCCAGUUAGACCCAGAGUAAAGGGAGCGACUGUGUGGCCGCCUCCAUCAUGUGCGAUCCCUUCUAGCGGACCUUCCAACAAAAUGUCAACAUUGUUGCCUCUACAGUCCAUACCUUCCCUGGAUGGAGUUUGUGUGAAAGAGGAGAUGCAGACAUCACAUCCAAGUACCAGCUCCCUCCACACCAACAAUUCACCAGCUGCACUUGUAAAUGCUCAGAAAAUCCUUUCAACCCUAGACUGGCAUGGGCUGAGACACAGUCAGAGCCCCCCUACUUCACCUCCAACCUUGCCUGAUCACCCAGUCAAGAUAAGUCCGAGCCUACAGAGGAGCAUGGCCCCUACAAACUACAGGAGCUUCUUUCCAUGCAGCAUGAGUCACUGUGGGAUGAGCAGCAACACAGACACCAAUGUGGCCACAGGUCUGAACCUCACCAAUGAAUUGGGAGAUCCAAAGGAAAGUCUACAGAUGGGAAGCUCACUGCCAGGACUCUCCACCGACCUUCACCUCGGUCACCUCCACAAGACACAGACAGGGAGCUUUUUGUCCCAGGUACCUUCUCCUUUAUCUUCUUCCUCUUCUUCAUCCACAAGUUCCACCAUCAACCCAUCUUCCACGUCAACAUCCUCAUUUCUCUCUCCUCCAGCAUCACUGUUUCCUAAUACUGCUGCCUCUUUACUCAAACUACUCUCAACUUCAGUGUCGUCUUCACCCCCUAUGCCAUUUACGUUGCCGCUGUACUCGGCUCUCUUUCAGCAAAGUCUCAUUCCUGAACCUCUGCUGGAAACACAAGAGAUCAAGAGGAAAGUAGAGAAAGGUUUGGAGGAAUCUUUACGCUUAGUAAGACACAUGAUUCAGCAAGGCUCUACGUCGCAGUCCUCUCCAACAGCAAGCGAAGAGAAGCAGGUAACAGAUGAUAAAAAUGCACAGGAUUGUUUGCCAAAUCUACCAGUACCUCUACCGACAGAUAGCACAGUUUUGAAAAAUGUUGGGAAAGCUUCCGGUAACACCAGUUUGCAGAAGAGUGAACGGGGAGAUUUUUAUGAUGACAAAUUUUCAAAACGUGGUCUAAGAAAUUUCCAUGAAGAGACAAGUGAUUCAACAAAUGACAAAUGUUUAUUAAAACUGAUUCCUAACAGUAACAGGAAUAAAUAUAUAAAGAAGAAUCGUUCAAAAAAGCGAUCAAAGUUGAAAGGAAGAGGUAAAAAGCGGUCACGUAAGGAAGAAAAGGAACACACUGAUAGGAAAAGACUUAAAUUCUUAACAAAACACAAUAACCAUGGAGAAUCCUCGACCUCAGCAAAUGAAGAGAACAAGGAUGUGACGGUCGCUUCACAAAAAUCUUUACCUGUAAUUCACGUUCGUCUCGUUGGAUCUAAUUACACUGUGCAAAACGAUAAAGAAAUGGGACAUAAUUCAACCAUACCAGGAGAACACACAUCACUUGGCCCCAGACAAGAGUGCAGACAGUCUUCAAAUGACAAAAAUAACCACCAAAAACAUAAUUUGGAAGAGAAACAAAGGUCUCACGGUAAUAUCUUGCCAAACAAAAAGUCCGAGAGUUCUCGUCAGGGAACGGCUCCCAGAUGCAAAUUACGAAUGGACCAUCUCCAAGGUGUGAGCACAUGUCACUGUUCUAGUGCUGGCUCAGAGCUUGCCAGGCACUUAGGUUAUGAGUGUUCCUUGAAUUUGAAUUGCAAAUGCUGCCCCUCUGCAUUAGGAAGUCUCAGGAAAUCACACAAUCCAAAAAGGGCAUUGGACGGACGUCAAGUUAGACAACACCGUCAGAGGAGUGAGUUGGGUCCUUCUGUGAUCCAGACACAUGCCGUUGAGGCCGAGGCUGGAGAAACAGCAAAUACUGAUAACAGUAAAGCAGAUGAACACAGAAAAAUAGACAUAUCUGACGAUAUUAUUGAAAAAUUAGAAAAAAAUAUUAAAAUAGUUAUGCGUAAAAACAAGGUAAAAAUGGCGAUAAAAUCCUUAAUGGAGAAAAAUGCACAAAAGAGUACCAGAGUUCAGUCACACGCAGGAAAUAAUGCAGUAGAUGAGGGUGAGAUGGGCAGCUGUAGAGACAUUCAGGGUGACGUGAGAGAGAGAAACUACUGCCUUCAGGGAGACGGCACCAAUACAUCUUGGAGAUUCCACGAUCUCAUCUCAAGUGAAUCUGACUCCAGUUCAGACACAGACUCAACGGACGGAAAACUCUUCAUCGACACGGAUAACUAAUGUGUGUGUGGAGAUAUGCUGAGAGAGGAUCCUGUAUGGUGUGCGAUGGUAUAUGAAAUGUUUUGCAAAUACAGUACAGUAACCGAUAAAUAAAGUACUCGGCUAAAACAUGCAGGGAGAAUUUACGGUGUACAGUAUGUCAUAUGGAAGCUGUAUUAUCAAUUCGUUUAACCUGAUGACUUACAUGUUCUUUAGUUUCUGGUGUAGAAUGCAAAGACAAAAACAUAUUUUUCUAGCUACCAUAUUUUUCCUCUUGUUAUUAUGGUGGAUAGGUGACCUUAUAUGUAGGUGUGGUGUCAUGUAUCACCCCCUAUGAUAGCUUGGGGCCGAGAUGUGAUAAACUAUACUUCUAAAUAAGACUGGUGUCCUAAGUCAUGCAGUUAAAACAUAGGUACUGUAUCCUAUCUAUAUUCAGUCUUUAUUUCCAUUAUGUGAUAGAGCAGUGAGUGUUGCUGGGUGGAUUGGGGUAUUAAUCACAGCUCCUUAGUACUGUACUGCCGUGUUUGACCAUGGUUGUGUUGCUUUCAAUGCCAUAAUUUGGUGUGAUGGUUGAUUUAAUAUUACAGUACUACUAGAUGGAUGAAAUGUUAGCCACACAGUCGAGCCAUUUGUCUGAGUGCUGAUGUUUAUUAUCCAAAUACUGGUUUAUAGUACAGUACUGCUGCUGCUAUAGUUCAGUAAGUUGUGCUGUUCAUGGUUCAGUAUUAACAGGUACAGUACAGUGUUAAAUGUAAAGAGUCCUCUUUGGAGCAUAAAGUCUUACAUUUUCACUGUACGUAUACAGUAUUUUAGUUGUCAACUUACUCGUAGGUCAGGCGGCUACUCAUCUGGGCUCUCACUGUCAGGAGAUGCUUGGCACGUUUAGGUUUCUGAAUGUUCCUGGUCAUAUAACAGUGCUGGUGUAGCUCAGCCUUAAAACAGUUCACACCUGGUAUUGUCUGGUUUUUAAGUUUGUGGUUUAGUUUUGAUGAUAGGUUAGAUGUGGGUCAGAGAAAAUGCUAUUAUAAUCUUGGUUGGUGCUGGUAGUACAACUCGAUAGUAUUUAACCCCUUCACUAUGGGGACGCCACAUUUAGCAUCUUAUUUGGCUAAUGCCAGAUGAUUUUAUUCAGUACAGAGGGGACUCCAUACACAAGGGAUUAACAUAUUGAUUUCCAUAUAAUGACUGAUGCUACUCAUACAGAUUUAGAGAGAGAGAGAGAGAGAGAUGCAUUGUUUCUAGUACUGUACACAACUAAUAUUAUAUCCAGUUUUUGCUGUCUGGGGAUACAGUACAGUAUAGGCAAUAAUGAUAAAAUGCCACUACAGUAUUAUGGCAGUGUAUAGAGAGGCUGUCACACUAGACAAUGCAGUAGUAUUAGCAUUAUUUUAGUACAGUACAUUAAUAGAUAUUCUCUUACCACAAAGGUAGAGUAUUAUGAAGACAGCUGAUAUUAUAACCCUUUGUGUUUUUAUACUAGUGAUAGUAACAAUAUAAAUUUAGUACAUUAUGUAUUUAGUCGACUCACAAACCCUGGUAUUAUUGUCUUGGGUACGAAUUUAACUAUUAGGUAUUGAUUUUAGAACCUGUACAUAAGUAAUUUCUGAUUUUUUUCCCAUCGAAUAAGGGAACCAUCUUGCAAGAAUUUAAUUAACAGAAGCAUAUUGAAGAAAAUAAUAAUGAAAUGACCAGAAAUAAAUGUUUGGAUUAGAAUUAGGAGUUGUACGCUUGGCAUCCAUGUCUCUGAUGGAGAUACUGUACUCUUGUGUGUUGGUCGGACCACUUGUACAUUUGCCUAAGGAGACAGUUGAUAAAAUGAUUACUAUAUUGGAGUUAACAGUUGUAGGCUUCACAUGUAACUAGAUACUCAGCACCUGUAGCAUGUAGAAUUUGUCACACUAAUCUAACUUACUAAUGUUACUAUAAACAAUAUAAAGGGUCAGCAGUACAUGUAGUUAUAUUGGUAUCCUGCUUUGAUGACUAAGGUAGCAACAGAUCACUAACUCAUGGCUAACAUUAACUUGUCUAUUACUGAUAAUUCACAGUUCUGUUAGCCCAUUCUUAGGGAGAAAGAAGAUUUGUAAGUAAUUCCUACUACAGGUACAGUGAAAUUAUUUAUUUGAAUAGGCUGGCUGUUAGCAUCAGCUGCACUUAGGCUAAGGGCAGUAUGUACUGUAGUUGGUUGGAUGGUUAUUCAUAGGUAUCUGUCAGUGAUGCUCCUGUAAUCUAUGUAUCCUGUUCUGUGAUUGGCUGGAAGUACACAUGUUAAUGAAUUACUUGUUACUACAGUAUUUGCACAUACAGUAUUUUAAUAUUGGAUAGGUAGCAUUAAGUGGAGUAAUAAAGAGAGGUGGGGUGUGGUUUUCCUAGCUCUAGUUUUGUAAAUAAUUUGAAGAUGGUCAUUCACUGAAACUUUGGGGGAAGAUGGUGCUGAUGGGCGUGCUGUGGAAGGAACUGUGCUUUAAAGAUACAGACAGGAUGGACAUGUUAUUGUGGUGAUACUUGUGACUAUGGGAGAAAGUAUAUAUACAGUAGUGUGAGGAUUAUUAGAAUGAGGAUGUGGGUAAACAAUAUAUCCACAGCUAUACUUGAGGGAUAUUGAUACAGUAUUGUUAUUGAGGGAGGAAGAGGGUAGCUUGAAUACAUGAGAGAGAUUGGGUAUAAAAUGUUUUUGAGAGAGACGCAGGGAAAGAAACGUACAUCAUAAUUCCGUCAGUGAACAUAGUGAGGAGUUGAAGCACUACACAGAUGCUUUGGGACAACAUAAAGGAUAAGUGUUAUAUCAAGGAUUAGAUAAUGCGGUGCUGCUCAGUAAAAAAUCACUUGGGUUUGAUGAGCUCAUGAAAGAUGUCAAGAGAUGCCAGAAUGAGUAAGGUAUCAGACUGGUUGAUUAGUUGUUGCUUACCUGUUAGAGUAGAAGGGUGUUAAGCAUGCAUUAACUAUUAAAACUGAAGAGGCUAGUAGAAGAGAAUUGGUGAUGAAUGUGAAGACCAGGUACCCGAGGUGAAAUUGGUGUGUUUGGUGGAUGGAAUUUCGGAUGACUGUGGGGGAUGAAGUAACUAGAUUUCAUGUUGUGAUGAAAGCAGGUGUAAAAUGAUCAAACUUUUUGUUUUGUUUAGUUUAUUAUUGGAUAGUUAGAGUGUGUGUGUGUGUGUGUGUGUGUGUGUGUGUGUGUGUUACAAUAAUAAGUUAGCAUGAUGAAGAUGUAAACAAAAGGAGAAAGAGAGUUAUUAAGUCACCUUGCUGUACUGUAGAAAAUGGUGACAAAGGAAGUGAACCAUAAACAAUAGUGUUACAUAAUCUGUUCACUAGAGUUGCUUUUGGGUCAUGAAGGUCACAUAUGGUUGUGUUUGGAGGCUGCUAAGGCUGAUAAAUGUGGGCAGAAAUAAUAGCAUCUUGGUGUUUAUCCUUUUAUAUGCUGUACUGCAGUGUGGAAAAAAGGGAUGACUUACAUUACAUACUCCACUAUAGUUGAGUAAAUUAAUGAAUACACGUUGUUUUCCAUAUACUAACAGUAGUGAAGGGUGUAGUGUAUUACCUCUGUAUGUACUAUACUGUACUGUACUGUAUGUUGUAGUGUUGUGGGGUAUGUGUUAGUAUCUUGUUUAACUUUGUAGUUCUGUACUGUAUUAUUAUGUAGCAGGUAUAGGUUAAGGUUUUUCUAAAUUGGUUAACUUGAUACAGAAUAUAUAAAUUGUGCCGGGUUUUCCUACCUGCACUCACACACAAAUAAUAUUAAUACAGUAUAAUGAUAAUACAGUAAUAUUAAAUAGUAAUCUGACAAUAAUGGUAAAUAAA